UCGAAAACAGUAUUUUUUUACGCGUGCAAUUACCUACGAUUUCCAGCGAAUUAAACGAGAUUUUGUCCGUAAAAUAGAAUUCCGCGAUUGUGAUGGCCAGCGGAUUCGUCACCGAAACCGAGCUCGCCGAAGCGCGUCGCCUGAGGCAAGAGGAAUGGGAAAAAGUGAGGACAGCAGAUCAACCAGUUGAUGCACCGGAAGAGGAAUAUGACUCGAGAUCCCUUUACGACAGGCUACAGGAACAGAAAAAUAAGAAAGAUCAUGAGUUCGAGGAAGCUCACAAGCUAAAAAACAUGAUCAAAGGUCUAGAUGACGACGAGGUGGAAUUUUUAGACCUGGUAGACAAAAAUAGAAUGCACGCAGAACGACAGGCGCACAUGGAAGAGCAGAAAGAAUUGAACGAGUUUCGCGCAAAAGUUGCCACCCUGCAGGAGAAGCGUUUAGAUGAGCAAAUUCAGCAGCAAGUUUCCAAACCAAAGCCUACGAAAGCACCCAUCGCAGGCUCGCGGUUGAGUCAAAAGCAAAUCCUAGCCGGAGUUGUUAGAAAGCGCAAACUGGAACCGGAAAACGAACCGAAAUCCACUUCCGAAGUAAAUGGAAAGCUUCCUGUCGUGGCCAACCUUACUAACGGAGAGUCCAAAAAAGAACCUGUAAUUAAAGCCUCCAACAGCCAGCCGGCAAAAACAGAUGCACAAACCAAACCGUCAAAUCCGAUCAACACGAGAAUGCGAGUUAUAGGAAUACUACCGGGAAUGGGAUCGUACGACGAUGAAGAUGAAUCGGACUCGGAUAACAGCUCGGCCGAAUCGGAGCUGGACUCUGGGCAUGAAGCGUACGAUUUCGUUGGAAGAAAGAUCCGUAAAACUUGCGAUGGUAAAUGAUGGAAUGCGCCUACAAUUGCUUUUAAAUUAUACACUUAAUCCUGUCCCUGUAAUGUUCUAUUGUGUUUAUUCGCUAAUCUGGUUAAAUAAUAAAUGUUGGUAGUACUAGGAUA